AUGUCUUCUACAACAACAUCAAGUCCUUCCACAAUGGAGCCGAAUAAGGUGACCUUGGAUUUGACUGGCCGAUGUUUUAAUACAACUGUAAUUAUUCAGAAAUAUGAAUCCAGGUGUCCGUGGUGCGCAUGUGACAAUGAAUUUGCUGUUGUCGGGCAGCUAUCGGAUGCGGAAUCACAUGAACUUUUGUAUCACAUGAACAGUAGCAUUAGCGGCAGCUUAUCGUCCGAUGCGCUGUUCGACAUCGGCGUUGUUUCGCUCUCGACAAUUGCCAUUAUCACAUCGGCUGCAUUCUCGUGCCUUCUCAUUGCAUAUCUUCGUGAGCGACGAGCACAUUGCGGUAAAAACAGCAGCACUGACAGCAGCUCAAAGUUUAACAAACAACAUGGAUACAAAAAUUCUGCACCGUAUUCCUCAACGCGACACAGCACUUUGCUCACGAAACAUUUGGUAAAUGACGAGAUUAAUAGGUGA